AUCAACUCAGAUUAUAUUUCCUAUCUCCCCAAAUCUCUCCCAUUUAAUUCUUCUCCUCAUUUCUGAUUCUGAUCCACAUUAAUUACAACCUUACUUUUUCUGUGUAUAGACGUACAUAUUUGAUUCUGAUCCAAAGCAGUUAAUUUUUGGGGGUUGUUUGGUGGGUCAAAUCAGUAAUGGCGGUGAUUCAUUGCAACACCCCAUUAAUUUUCUCUUCCUCUGCAUUAAUUUGCCGACCCUUUUCGAGUUAUGAGCUCCGAAGCUGCUUCUUCAAAGCUUCUUCACCAAUUGCUGGGACCAGAAAAUGUGCAGCGUUGGUGUCUGGGUUGUCCUCUGUUUCUUCACCAACGAUUUCAUCGUUCAACGAGUUGAUUGAGUCUUUGAUUAAUCGAGUUGACUUGUCGGAAUCAGAGGCCGAGGCGUCUCUGGAUUUUCUUUUGCAUGAAGCUAAUGAGGCGUUGAUCAGUGCCUUUCUUGUUCUGUUGAGAGCAAAAGGAGAAACUUAUGAAGAAAUAGUGGGAUUGGCAAGGGCAAUGAUCAAGCAUUGUAAAAGGGUGGAAGGAUUGGAUGAAGAUGGGGUUGACAUUGUUGGGACGGGAGGUGACGGUGCAAACACUGUGAACAUUUCGACUGGUGCUUCAAUUCUUGCGGCUGCUUGUGGUGCAAAAAUUGCAAAGCAAGGUAAUCGAUCAAGUUCUUCCGCUUGUGGAAGUGCCGAUGUGUUAGAAGCCUUGGGGGUCGUAAUUGACCUGGACCCAGAGGGGGUAACAAGGUGUGUAAAAGAAGCAGGAAUUGGUUUUAUGAUGGCUCCUAUUUACCAUCCAGCAAUGAAAAUUGUCAGUCCUGUGAGGAAAAAGCUAAAAGUGAAAACUGUAUUCAAUAUCUUGGGUCCUAUGUUGAAUCCAGCACGGGUACCUUAUGCUGUUGUUGGUGUAUACAAGGAAGAAUUGGUCUAUAAAAUGGCGAAAGCACUUCAACGAUUUGGCAUGAAAAGGGCAUUGGUGGUUCACUCUGAAGGUCUGGAUGAAAUGAGUCCUCUUGGGCCUGGAUUAGUCCUUGAUGUUACCUUCGAUAAGAUUGAGAAGUUUUCAUUUGAUCCCUUGGAUUUUGGAAUCCCUCGCUGUGGGGUGGAUAGCUUGCGGGGUGGAGAUCCACAGUAUAAUGCAGAUGUACUAAAGCGCGUACUAUCAGGAGAAGAAGGCUCCAUUGCUGAUGCAUUGAUGCUAAAUGCUGGCGCAGCCCUCUUGGUCAGUGGACGUGUAAACACUCUAGCCGAAGGAGUAGCUCUGGCUCGCAAAGCACUGCUAUCUGGCAAAGCUCUCAAGACCCUUGAUUCGUGGAUCGAUAUCUCCAAUAAGGUGAAAAAAGUAGCCUGUGCAACCACUCCAAUCUCUACUUGAGGAUUGAUCUUGGAGUUUCUAGGUUAAAAUGAGCAUGUUGUAGACCAUAAGAUGGGGAAAGGUUUUGUGUGCAAGGUGAGUGGGUUAAAAGUCUCCAGAGCUUUGAUGUGUACACCAUGAAUGUUGAUCUCUGAGAACAUCGAAUGCAGAUUCAGUGAAAACAUACAAAAAAACAUACAAAUUGUUGUAACGUCGGUUGUAAUUUUAGAUAGUAAGCAGGUGUAGCAAUUGUGUUUUAAAGAUCCAAAAAUGCAAUUUCGAGUGUAGAAUGUUACAAAGUAAUA